GACUCGCCUACCCCAUUCGAUCGCUUCCCCGAUCGGCGACGCGGCGGAGGAAGGAGCAGAGCAGUCGAGGAGCAGCCGGAAGAGGAGAGAUGGCGGAGAACCCGCAGCUGUUCGGGAACGGGAUGCCGGUGCCCUUCAACGGCGAGAUGUUCGUCCUCGCGCGCGACGGCGUCGAGUUCAACGUCGACAAGAUCCCUUCAGCGCCUGGCGGUCACGCAAAAACCAAGGGCACCAUUUACCUGUCCAACAUAAGGAUGGUGUUUGUCGCCGCCAAGCCUGUUGGGAACUUCUUUGCUUUUGAUAUGCCCCUGUUGUACGUGCAUGGUGAGAAAUUUAACCAGCCGAUAUUUCACUGCAACAACAUUUCUGGAUUCGUUGAGCCGGUUGUUGCAGAGGGCCAGAACAGGGCUCUGUACUCGACCCACACCUUCAAGAUCUUGUUCAAGGAAGGAGGCUGUGGUACCUUUGUCCCUCUCUUCCUGAACCUGAUCACAUCAGUGAGGCGCUACAACCAGUUUGAAGCCCAGUCUGCUGCCGCGCCUCGUGUGGACCCUCUGCAAGCUGCGCAGACCCCUGUCGAUGAAAUGAUGCGCCAUGCGUACGUUGAUCCAAAUGAUCCUACCAAGAUUUUCCUUCAGCAGCCUGCUGCAGAAUCCCAGAUGAGGAGGAGAAACUACCACGGCCCUGCUGACAACGCAUACUAAUGUUUGCGUCU